AGGAAAACAAGAAGCCAAAUAAUUUGAAGAAUGUUUCCAAAAGUCAAUUUGGCUAUCAUACACUGGGUAUGGAAGAGCAUGAGAAAACCCUAUCUUUUAUUUUUUCUCAUACUGCUCCUAACAACUCAUUUGGAAGGCAAAAAGGAUAAUCAAUUCAUUUGGAAACCAGGUCCGUGGGGAAGAUGUACAGGAAAUUGUGGACCAGGUGGUAUUCAGACCCGAGGAGUGUGGUGCUUUCAUCUAGAAGGUUGGACAAGUCUUCUGUCAAACUGUGAAGAGACUGAUAAACCUGAAAAGGAGAGAAGCUGUUUUAGAGUAUGUGACUGGCAUGGUGAACUCUUUGAGUGGGAGGUAUCAGAGUGGCAGAUCUGUGUGCUGGCUCCAGUUCACGGUGAAAUCAAACUCAGGACUUCUGAGUGUGUGACAGCCCAGCAUGGACUCCAGCAUCGGACAGUACGUUGUAUUCAAAAACUGAAUCGAACUGUGGUUAUCAGUGAAAUUUGUGAAUAUUUUGCACCUCAGCCACCCACAGAACAAGCUUGCCUCAUUCCUUGUCCCCGGGAUUGUGUUGUGUCUGAGUUCUCACCGUGGUCUGUUUGCAGCAAGGGGUGUGGGAAGAAGCUGCAGCACAGGACUAGAUCAGUCAUUUCUCCCCCACUCUAUGGAGGUGUUAUAUGCCCAAAUCUCACGGAAUCAAGGGCCUGUGACUCUCACAUCUCCUGUCCCCUUGGGGAAGAGGAAUACAUAUUUAGCCUUAAAGUUGGACCUUGGAGUAAAUGUAGACUGCCUCAUCUUAAGGAAGUUAGUUUAAGUGGAAAGACUAUUCUGGACUUUAGCUCUGAUUCAAAAGAGUGGGUCACAUUUAAGCACCAAGGCUAUAAGCCUCACCAUCAUUCCAAGCCAUGGGAUAUAGAAAUAGGUUAUCAAACAAGACAGGUUCGAUGUACAAGAAGUGAUGGGAAAAAUGCCAUGUUAAGCCUUUGUAUGCAAGACAACCUCCCCUUGACUGUUCAGUCCUGUGUUAUGCCCAAAGACUGCGAAACCACAGACUGGUCAUCUUGGAGUCCUUGCUCCAAGACCUGUCAAUCAGGGGAUCUCUCCCCAGGAUUUAGGAGUAGAAGCCGGAGUAUAAAACAUAUUGCCAUAGGAGGUGGACAGGAAUGCCCUGAACUACGUGAAAGAGAGGCCUGCAACCUUGGAGGAGAACUUCUGCAGCUAUGUUCUAGAUAUUCAUGGAAGACAUCUGAAUGGAAAGAAUGCCAAGUAACUCUUCUUCUAGAACAGCAAGAUCCUCACUGGCACACAACUGGACCCCUAUGUGGAGGUGGAAUUCAAACUCGAGAAUUAUACUGUGCUCAGAGUACCACAAAAUUUUCAGGACAGCAAUCAAAGGAAGUGUCUAGGCCUGUGGACAAGAAAUUAUGCCUAGGACCUGCUCCUUCAAUCUCUAGACUCUGCAACAUUCCUUGCUCUACAGAUUGUAUGGUUUCUUCCUGGUCAGCCUGGGGCCUUUGUGUUCAUGAAAACUGUCAGGAUCCUCAAGGGAAAAAAGGAUUUAGAUUGAGACAACGCCAUAUCCUCAUGGAAUCCACAGGACCUGAUGGGAAUUGCCCACAUUUGAUGGAAUCUAUUCCUUGUGAUGAUCCAAUGUGCUAUCAGUGGAUGGUUUCAGAAGGAGUCUGUAUUCCUGAUCAUGGAAAAUGUGGCUCAGGACAUCAUAUUCUGAAAGCUGUCUGCAAGAAUGAUAGAGGUAGGAAGUGAUGAUAAAUUUGGAAGCAAUGAUAAAUGUAGAAUCAAAUGGCUUCAACCAAUGUAUCUAUUGUUUUUCUACAAGAGGUAAUUUAUCUGUGACUGAGAAGUAGAAGGUUUUUUCAGAGUAUUAGUAUUUAAGUCAAGUGGCACUUGAAAUUACUAGAAAUCCUUUUAGCAGAAUGUAUCUUGGGACCACCUUUUUCACAAUAAAAAUAC